CUUUCCUCUCUUUAGUUCCUUGCCCUUUCUCAAUUUUCAGUGGCGGUUCUUUCUUUCUAUUUCGUGUGUACCUCACAUGAAACAACUCCUGCAAUUCGUAUCUACCACUUCUAUCAAUCUCACCAGCUUUGCAGUGUUUCGGAAGCAUUUGAGUGCUACUAUAUUGGUUUGUUCAACUGUAAAAGCAAUGGGGUCCAAAAGAUCCCUUUCAAAUUCAUUAAAACCAAUUUCAUCAUUUGUUGAGGGCAAGAAGGAUGUGGAGCUUAAGGGGUUGGAAGCAAACCCUGGUUCCAAGAAGCAUGUUAUUGAGGAGAAUGAUGUUAAUAUGUAUUCCGUUGAGAUUGAGAGAUUAAGAAAUGACCCGACAAUAGUAGAAGCAAUGACUGUUCAGGAACUCCGGAAAACAUUGAAGAGAUUUAGGGUCCCUGCUAAAGGUCGUAAAGAUGAUCUUUUGUCUGCCUUGAAAAGUUUCAUGGACAGUAGCAUGUGCGGCGAACAAGAUUCUCAUAUAAGAGAAGAGCAAGGGCUAUUAAUUUCUGCUGACAAUACUUCUGUAGAAGCGGAGACUAAAAGGGUAUUGAAUGAAGACCAUGUUGAAAAUGUCAAUGAAACUUCAGAGAUAUUUGAACUUAACCAGGGUAAGAAAAGACUAAAACAAUCUGAAUCUGAGAGAAAAACUGUCAAAGUGGCAAUCAAGAAGAAAAUUUCACCGAAAUCAAAUGGUGAUGCAGAUUUUAAGCCUUCCAGGGCAAACAGAAAAGUAUCUUCAGAUGUUGUUAGCAUUGUUACGGAGUCAGGUGAAAUCAGUACAGCUACCAUUGAAACUGAACCAUGGACAGUUCUUGCCCACAAGAAACCUCAAAAAGGUUGGAUUGCAUAUAAUCCUAAAACAAUGAGAUCACCACCGCUUGAUAAAGAUUCAAAAUUUGUCAAGAUUUUGUCAUGGAAUGUCAAUGGAUUGAGAGCAUUGCUAAAAUCAGAAGGAUUCUCUGCACUUCAACUUGCCCAAAGGGAAGACUUUGAUAUAUUGUGUUUGCAAGAGACGAAGCUGCAGGAGAAGGAUAUUGAGGAAAUCAAACAGCGUCUAAUAGAUGGCUAUGAUAACAGCUUUUGGACGUGUAGUAUUUCUAAGCUUGGUUAUUCUGGAACAGCAAUUAUCUCAAGGAUAAAGCCACUUUCAGUUAGAUAUGGCCUAGGUAUAUCUGAUCAUGAUAGUGAGGGUAGACUCGUGACAGCUGAGUUUGAGACAUUUUAUUUGAUAUGUGGAUACAUCCCUAAUUCUGGAGAUGGCUUGAAAAGACUGUCUUACAGGGUGACUCAAUGGGAUCCAUCUCUCAGUAAUUAUUUAAAAGAAUUGGAAAAGUCAAAACCGGUAAUUUUGACUGGUGAUCUAAAUUGUGCUCAUGAAGAGAUAGACAUAUACAACCCUGCCGGUAACAAGAGAAGUGCUGGGUUUACAGAUGAAGAGAGGAAAUCUUUUGCAACAAACUUCUUAUCUAGGGGAUUUGUAGAUACCUUUAGAAGGCAGCACCCUGGUGUUAUUGGAUAUACUUAUUGGGGUUAUCGGCAUGGUGGGCGCAAGAAUAACAGAGGGUGGCGUCUUGAUUAUUUCCUCGUCUCAGAAUCCAUUGCUGACAAAGUUCACGAUUCAUACAUUCUUCCUGAUGUCAAUGGUAGUGAUCAUUGCCCUAUUGGUCUUAUUGUCAAGUCUUAGUUCUAAAAUUAUGUAUUAGCUUGUAGCAAAUGUUGCUAGAAAUUGUAAUAUAUGGGAUAGCCUAUAUAUAUUGCAAGCACGGGUUUUUACCUUUUUGUCUGGUUUUCUUAACUUAGAAAAACCUGCAACCCUUGUACAUACUAAAUCUGUGAUUUUGACUAGGCUAACAGAAGUUUGAACA